AUGGAGACUCCAGCCCACUCUCAUGCUCUGACCAUCGUCAGUAGUUUUGCUGCUCUGUACUUCGCAUAUCAGUUGCUUAACGUCAUAUACACUAUAUUCUUCCAUCCAUUGAGCAAUGUUCCUGGUCCUUGGUAUCUUGCUGCCUCGCGCAUCCCGUACAUACGCCACAGUCUGAAUGGUACCCUGUUAUCGUGGAUGCAAGAACUACACGAGAAGUAUGGUGAGAUCGUUAGAUACAGCCCAAACGAGGUGUCUGUGAUCUCGGGUAAAGAACAAAAUCCGUGGCAGGAGAUUUACGGCUUUCGCACUGGCAAACAGAAGCACACCGGAAGUUUUGAGAAGGACCCUGCCUGGUACCCUACACCGAUGGGUGGAGUUCCUCACCUCAUUGCCGCCCCAGGAGAUAACCACGGCCGGCAACGACGUGUCAUCAGUCACGCAUUCUCUGACAAAGCCCUUAGAGAACAAGAAGGCUUGCUCCAAUCUUACGUCGAUCUUCUCAUCUCGAGAUUUCGCGACAUCUCAGACCAUUGCCCGGACUACGCUUCGGGUGGUGACGGAUGGGACUCUACCGGCAAGAUCGAGCUUUGCAAAUGGUACAAUGGCUUCACAUUCGAUGUCAUCACCGAUCUGAGCUUCGGGCAUCCUUUUGGUUCUUUGGCGGACAUGAAACAACAUCUCUGGGUCAGCAACAUCCUCGAAAGUCUCAAAGCUGUGAAGUUCGCCUACGUCACGUACUACUUUCCGAUCGUCAGGAAUAUGGGCUCCUUGAUUAUCAACAAAUCGCAGAUCCAAAAACGUGCUGAGCUUUUCCAGUUGGUCAAAGCAAAGACUGCAGACAGAGUCGCUGCGGAAACACAACGACCAGAUUUCAUAUCUUCCAUCUUGCAAAACUCGGAAGGUGAGGGCAAGAAAGGUGAGGGCCUUCGCAAAGGCGAGCUUGAGAGUAACCUUGGUAUAUUCCUCGUGGCUGGUACGGAAACAACAGCGACAACAUUGUCUAUCGGCAGCUAUCUUCUGCUCGAACAUCCGGCUGUGAUGGACAAACUCAAGCAUGAGAUCCGAAGUCGCUAUAAGAGCAAUGGCGAGAUCACUGUCGAUUCUCUUGUCCACCUUGAAUACCUGAACGCCUUCAUUCACGAGAUCUUGCGUUGCUAUCCUCCUGUUCCUGCGGGCUUCCUCAGAAAGGUACCGGAGACAGGUGCGGAUGUUGCUGGAGUACAUUUUUCAGGCAAGGGCAACGCCUCAAUCUCUGUCAGCCAAUACGUCGCCAAUCGCUCUGCUCUCAACUUCGCCGAGCCAACGCGAUUUGCUCCAGAGCGUUGGCUUUCUAAACCCCCACAAAAAUUCGCCAACGACAAUCUCGCGAUUGUGCAACCUUUCUCUUUCGGGCCUAGAAACUGCUUGGGCAAGAACCUCGCAUACGCAGAGCUUCGCUUGGUGUUUGCGAAAAUGUUGUUCAACUUCGACAUUGAGCUGGAUCCAAGAAGCGCUGGAUGGGAGAAGAGACUUGAGCAUCACACUCUGUGGUACAGACCUGAUCUGUGGGUGAAGUUGACGGCGGUCACAGAAUGA